AGAGACAGAUAGAGAGCGUGUGUAAUUACGGUAUGUAGAACAAAAGUCUUUUUUCUACAGAACGUGCAAGCUUCACUAAAAAUCUAUGGUACUCUCAGCAAUCAGUCCCUUCCGUGGAUACAUUCAACAACGGGGUAAAAGCUCUUAGCUCCACUCGCAGCUAUCAAUGUCUUGCUUAUUCCAAGGGAAAGUUUCGAGUUCGAUGUGCUAAUAUGGACUCCGGACAGUGCCGCCAGAUCCCACAUCUGGGUGUCUCUCCGGAUGGAGCUCUUCAUGAAGAUAGAAAUGCAGGAGAUAAUUGAAGAAGCAUUUCUAUGUUUCAUAAAGGCCAUUGCCGUGGUGCUGUUUGGCACUGCAGAAGGUCUGGAAUUGUUAACAGUCAAAUUGAGGUAUGCGAUACAAGAGUGAUUACUGCUGUCUCUGGAGUGUUGCAUUGGGGAAUAAUUGUUCGUGCAUUUUGUUUCCUUAUACAUUCCAUACUUUUAGUGGUUGUUCAUAUUUCGAUUUCGUUACACCUUGUGUGCACAGACUUGAAAUACACAGGAACGCAAACUGGCGCAGUAAUCCAUGCCCUCUCUCCAUUUGGCGGUCUUGUCAAAGAACAAAGUGGCCUCUAACUGGCUGUGGCAAGGAUGAGUUUUAGUGCUAUACAAAUUUCUAGCGGCUUCUUCACGCAAGACAACAAGAUCAAGUAUUUUCACUCCGAUAGACGCUCCAAGGCUCUGAAUGUGGGCUCUUUCACCCAAUUCUCAGCAGGUAGCUCUAUUUUCUUGUGUGGCUUUUGUCGUCACAAGCUUGUUAUUGUUUCAGGCCUUGUGCUGAGAGCUGGACGAGAAGUUCAUGGUACUCUCAGCAUUCAGUCCCAUCUGUCAAGCAAAGAGAGCACUAUCAAGAAGCUGUUUGCUGGCGUGAACGAUGCUUCCGGCUUCUCAGCUUACGACAUGGGAUGGAUUGCUCGAAUACCUCAUGCUCAUAACCCAGAACUUGGGCCCCAGUUUCCUCGGAGCUUGGAAUGGAUCGUUCACAACCAGUGCGAGGAUGGGUCCUGGGAUCAAGGAGAAGAAGAUGUUCAACGGGUUUGCAGCACACUAUCGUGUGUCACUGCUCUGAAAACAUGGAACCGAGGGGAGUGUAGCGUCCAAAGAGGUGUAAGCUUUUUAAUGUCUCGGCUGCCACUAGUUCACAAUAAACUUACAAAAGACAUGAAAGCCAUCUUGCAUAGAUUAUUACAAGAGGGCAAGGCACUGGAUUUGGAGCUGAAUUAUGACGAAUCUUUUGUUCAAUAUAUUCGAGAACAGGGUCAGGAAUUUCUUCAGAGGGUAUCAAAUGACGCGUUGGACCAGUAUCCGACCUCUUUCGUGCAUAUGCUUGAAGCGUUUCAUGACCGUCCAAAGUGGCAACAUCUUCUCAGAUAUCAAAGUAGCAGUGGAUCUUUAUUCUCUGUCACACUGACGGCGUGCGCGUACAUGCACACCGGAGACAGAAAGUGCCUUCGUUUCCUAAACGGUCUUCUUGAGGGCCCAUUGACCAAACCAAACAAGAACUUGAGUCAGCUGCUGCGACUUGUAGACUGGCUUGAGCAUCUGGGAAUCGAAAGGUUCUUUGAGAAAGACAUCGAGCAAACAUUGAUUCAAGCUUUCAGAUUUUGGAGGGGAAAUGCCGCAGGUAGCGGAAGUCAACAACAUCUAAAAAGCUUUGAAGAUUCUGCUCUUUUGUUCCGGAUUCUUCGUCGUCAUGGCUACGAAGUCUCCCCAGACGUGCUACAUCAACGAACAUUCUGCGAGACACGCGAUUUAAAGGAGCUGUCUUUGGCAUCACAUUUUCUCUUUCCUAGUGAAAGCAGAAAGAUGCUAGACUCGACUCCAAUCAUUGAUGUCGCGAACCAAGAGACGACGUUUCCAUGGUAUAGUAUACCGCAUCGGGUCCAGCACAUUGAGUACAUGACUAAAUUUAUGACAAGUAUGGAUUCCAUAAGCAUGAGUGAACGUGCUUCGUUACUGGCCUUCACAAAGUUCGACUUCAAUGCUUGCCAGAAGAUCUAUCGGUCGGAUUUGCAGCGCGUUAUGAGGUGGAACGAAGAGUGCGACUUCGGACGUCUGGGUUUUGCCCGACAGAAAGAAGUGUUAUGUUUUUUUACCGCCGCUGCAACCAUGUUCCAGCCGGAACUCUCGAUGGCUCGCAUUGUCUGGGCACAGAUGAGUGUUCUUGCGACAGUCAUUGACGACUUUAUGGACACGCACGAUUCUCUCGACAAUUUGAGGAACUUUUGCACUGCCGUGAAAAGAUGGGAUCCGUCCGCCUUGGAGCUGAACGAAGCCGCUAGGAUUAUUUUUCAGGGAUUGUUUAAGACGGUUACAUGGACAGCCGAGUGUGCUUCCGCCGUACAAGGCAGAGAUAUGACGGCUAACUUACGAGCUCAAUGGGAAAGACUUUGCGAUGCGUUUUUUCGCGAGGCAGAAUGGAGGUUGACGAAUCACUGUCCCAGCCUCGAGGAGUACAUGGAAAACGGAAUCACGUCCUUCGCGCUGGAACCCAUCAUCUUAUCUGCAAUCCUUUUCCUGGACGAGAAAGUUGAGUCGUCGGUUCUCGACCAUCCGGACUGCAUCAACAUGUACGUGAGGGUCUCAACGAUUGGGAGGCUGCUCAACGACAUCCAAGGCUUUCACCGCGAGAGCAGCGGGGGGGAAUUCUCGUGGAUUGCGAUCUACAUGAAGGAACACCCGGGAACGAGUGUGGAGGACGCUGUGGUGGAGAUAAGAAAGAUUCUGAAUGCGACGAUGGAGGAGCUGGUUGAGGACGUGCUCCGGCCCAGAGCAGUGCCCAAGAGAUGCAAGCGCGUGUUUGAGAACAUGAUGAGAAUUCUCAACUUUGUCUACCACAAGGGCGAUGGAUUCAGCACGGACGAGCUACGGGGCCACGUCAAGCAAGUUCUUCACGUGAAACUGGAAUAAUCUUUAACUGGCUGGACUAAGUAGAAACAAUCAUUUAAAGAUGUUAGAAAUAAUGUUUAAACUGUGCAAUUAUUUGGCAAAUCCAUGUUGAA